GCCCACCGAGCUGCGCGACGUGCUGGCGGACAACGACGCCCCCGAGAACGUCGCCAAGUUUCUCGAGGACAAGAACAUCGUCAAGCUCGGCGCCUUCGCCGACUUGGCGGAUUCAAAGUCCAACGCCGUGCGAGUCGUCGGCCAACCAGCGGGAUUAAAUCCUAGCGAUAGCAUCGCGCGCCAGCCGUUGAAGUCGGCGCGGCGGCGGGCGGAGGCCGAGGCGAAGGCCAAGCUGGAGGCCGCAGCCGCAGGCGACAGCGCCGAGAAGGACAUAUCUCUGGGCACAGAGCAGCGCGAGGGCUUGGAUGCGCAGGUAAAGGAGUACUACCACUUCGUCUGGCCUGCGCAGUGGCUCCUGGCCAACGGGCUCAUGGGCAAGCUCGAGCGGAUGUGCGAGAAACACGCGGACUUCGUGCCCCGCCUCGAGGUGGGCGUCAAGGGCGUCCUCGAGAAGGAGGUCGACCCGCUGUUCAAUAUGUUCUUUUCCAAGCAGGGCGGGGCGCAGGCCCAAGCCGAGAGCGCCCGCGCGCCGGCUCAGGGCUUGACCAAGUUCCGGGAGCGGCACUUCCAGCUGAUGAUCGCUUACAACCAGGCGGCCGCCCCCGAGUUCGAGAACGCGUCGCUCAACGUCCUGCUCGAGUGCCAGUGGCUCAUGGAGAAGAUCAUGGGCGUCAAGUGGUCGCCGGAGAUCGCGCGCGAAUUCCUCCCGGCCGACUUCCGCAUGCGCACCAAGUGGAUGUUGAGCUGGCAGCGGAGGGGGUUCACGACUUUCAUGGGCGUGAUUGUCCACCGCCGCGGCCAGAGCGCUUACUUGUUCUCAGACGCCGGGGGCAGGGAGCGGCCCAGGAGCGAGUCGCAGCCGCGAGGGCGCGCCCGCAGCCGCGGCCAGGGCGCCCAGACUCCCCGAGACGAGCAGCCGCGCAAGGCUUCAAAGCCAGGCGGCGCCGCCGGGGCCAGCCGGCCCCCUGCCUUCACCAAGGAGAACUGGCCGGGACUUGAGCGCACGAACAAGAAGACUGGGCAGCCCCGGUGCCCGUUCUACAACAAGGCCACGGGCUGCCGGAAGGGCGCGGCGCACCCAGCAGGCGUCGUUGAGCAGCCCAGCAGGCGCCGACUGAGGGCCCGGAUCGGGCGCGCGCUGGCGCUUGGCGAGCAGCCGCGUGGCAGAUGCUUCGAGCCGCUUAUCCAGCGAGGAUGCGGACCCGAGGCGUUCCUCGAGCAGUUGCCUCGUCUGCAGCACCCGGCUGUUGCUCCCCCGCCGAUGCCUGCCGCGUGGAUGCAGGCCGCCAGCAGUAUGUUGGGCCACCUGGAUGAUUUACACAGCUGGCGAGAGACGCAGAUGCAGCCCGUCCGUGAUGCUGCUCGGCGCAUGAGAGGCAUCAGGGAGCAGCAUGCCGAAAAGCUACACCCCGACGUCCACAAAGUAAUCGGCCACCUGCAUUUACCCCUCCUGGAGUGGAUGGUGGAACACGCCAAGUACAGCGGCACCGAUUACGUCGCCCGGCUGAUGCGCGGCAAGCCUUGCUUGGGAGAGAUCCCGCCGAGCGGCGUGUUCAGCGAGGACCGCAACAGGGGCGCAAUUGCGAUCGAAGAUUGGAUUGCGUGUCCGCGAGAGCGGAACGAACGCGUGAUCCGAGGCGUGCGAAGUUCGGGGGGCAGUUCGCUCGACCAGAAGGCGCGGGGCCAAAAAACAACCCUAGCUGAGCUUUCGAUGGGGUACUGCGAAGGGCCAGGCGAGCUUGCAGAACUUGACCUGGAUAGGACAUACCUGAUUCCCCGGUGGCCCAAGUGGGAGCUCAAGGAGGGCGGCGCGUGGAAGUGUCGUAACAUUUCUGAUUGGAAAGCAUCUGGGGGAAACGACACCGUCGCGCUGUGCGAGAAGUAUUCUCCUGAAAAUUUAUCAUCGGCGCACGCGGUGGUGCGCGUCCUCAGAGAAGCCCUCCCCAGCAACGUGCGCCUCCAAGGCUUCCGCAUCGACUGGGAGAUGGGGCUCUACAAGGGCGGACGGAGCGCACGCGUGGAGACGCAGGAGUGGCUCCGCUCCAAGGAGCUGCAGGGCGCGGGCAUCGCGCAGGAGCUGAACAUGCUGGCCCUGGUCCUUGACAGGAUGAUGAGCCAGGGGCAGUACGACGAGCUGAUCAACUCGCAGGCCGCGGAGGUGACCUGCCUGCGCCUGUACUCGAUCUGGAAGGCCUACGAGCGGGUGCAGUGCAAGAGCGACUGGCUGAGGCCCAAGGCGCAGCACGGCGGCAAGUGGCGCUCCAAGGUCGACUGGAGUCUGGCGGAGGAGUACCUGCGCCUCGACGGGGACCCCAACAGCGAGAACAGGGGGGCCGAUGACGAGGUGCUGGAGAAGCUCAGCUUCUUGCUGGACACGUCUUUCGGGUGGUGGUGCUACAUCGGGCUGGUGAGCUUCCUGACGAUCGGCUGUGGGGUCUUCCACGGCGGCGUCGGAGCGUCGAGGGCCUUCUGGCGCAGGCCCGCCCAGCAGAUCUCAGAGGCCAUCUACCGCUCCGACGCUGUGCUGGCCCCGCUGGCGCGGGACAUGGUGCACGAGCUCGUGGCAGCCAAGAACGACGAGGUCGUGCUGCCGCAGCUGGAGAGUAUGGCGGACGGAGGUGCGACAAGCAAGAGCAAACCGCCCAGCGAGCACCUUCGCCUACUUGGCGUGGAGCACCGGUUGGGCCUUGAGGCGACAGUUUGGCUCUGCGAGGCCAAAAUUGACAAGCUGCUAUCUCAGAUCCGCGCCCGCCGAGCUACAGGGGGGGUGACAGCAGCAGACGCCUCGACGCUGCACGGCUCGUUCAACUGGGUGCGCUCGAGCCUCUGGGGCCGGUGUGGGGCAGCAGUGCUGGCGCCGCUGCGAGCCCGUCAGAGGAGCGGAAACUUCUUCGGAGUCAACAGCGCCAUGCUCGCCAUGUUCAGGUGGCUCGAAGAAGCGCUCGUCCAUGAAAAUCGGCGCCGUGUUCUGUGCGACAUAUCCUGCUUGCCCCUAGUCGCCACCAUCAGCGACGGGGAGGGUUCGGGCAAUGUCGCCGUGGCAAUGUGGCAACCAGCAGAGUCAGCCGAACGCCCCCGCAUCACUGCGACGAGGGUCCCAGAGAACGCGCUGGCGAAGUGGGCGCAGCAUGCCUCCAACACCAUAGCUCCAAUCGAGGGUGUGGGGCCACUGCUUGCCUUAGCCGCGUGGCCAGGCCUGGAGCAUCGACUCUGGGUCCACUUCAUAGACAACGCGGGCGCCAUGCACGCGCUGAUCAAAGGCAACAGCGUGAACGCAGAUCUGAACAACGUGAGGCGCGCCACGUGGAAGAUUGUCCACCGGCGACGACUGCAUUUGUGGGUCGAGUAUGUCAAUGCCCACGACAACCCGGUGGACAAGGCCAGUCGAGGGUGCACGGGCGACCUCUACGACCAAGGCUGGGUGUGGGACCCGCCGGGCGAUCUAUCACAUUUUUUGCGAGCCGCCAUGGGACCUGCACUUCGUCCCCAGGCAGCAGCACGACAGAAUAUAUGUCUUUGCCAUUGUAUAAAAAGAGGAACAGGCAUCGUCCUGAGAGCACAACCCUGCGCGAAUGCUUGCGUAACGCCGCGUAAGAAUCGCGUAAGGUCAGGCCACUCGGCCGUUCCUGAGGAGUCGUAG